GCCCAUCAAAAUCCACUUGCCGGCGCAGCAGCAGCAGCGGCGGCGGCAGCAGAGAGAGAGAGAGAGAGAGAGAGAGAGAGAGAGAGGGAGAGAUGAGUGCGGUGGCGAUGAGGAAGAAGGUGCAGAGGAAGUUCAAGAUGAGGGGCUACGCCGUCAAGGUGGACGCCGUUGACGCCAUCAUCUCCUUCGCCUCUCAGUUCUCCAACGACGAGGACCAAGACGAAGCCCUCAACCUCGUCCUAGACCAGCUGGAGCACGAAUCUCUGAAAUCUUCGAUAAUUGACAAGGAACCCGCGCAGCGGGUGGUGAAUCUCUUAAUGGAAGCCAUGGCGGUUGCCGAGGAUGAAAGCCCCGGUGCAGUUUCGCAAUCUACGGCACUUCGGGUAAUCGAUGCGUUUGUCAUCCCCAAGUUUAACUACAAUCCAAUCAAGAAGAUCUUCUAUGCGCACCUUGGACCCCUGCCCAUUCAUGGCGAGGCAUCUGCUAAGACGGCUUUGUACAGGGAUAGGUUUCUGUUGCUGUCUCAGAGACUCUCUCGUGAUGAGUACUUCUCGAGGCCUGCUUUUGAUACCGAAAUGGCACAUCUUGGAAGCUGUGAGAUAUCUCCGAUCCAGUCUCUUGUUGGUCAAACCAGAAGAAGGUGGGUGAUGGGCAUAAUAUCUCAGCUGGAGGACGGCCAUUUCUUUUUGGAAGAUCUUACUGCUUCUGUAGAGAUCGAUUUGGCCGAUGCAAAGAUAACAACCGGGUUCUUUUCUGAGAACACCAUAGUUGUAGCAGAAGGUGAGAUGCUGCUCGAGGGAGUUUUCAAGGUCUUCACCUGUGGAUUCCCUCCUUUAGAAGACAGAGAUAAGUCAAUCAAAGCACUGUCAGGGCAAGACUUCUUUGGAGGCGGUAUAUUAACCAAGGAGGAGACUCUCAGACUUGCCGAGUUAGAGAAAAGGGCAGUCAACGAUAUGUUUGUCAUAUUGUCCGACAUUUGGCUGGACAAUGAAGAGGCUAUGCGAAAGCUAGAGAUUGUCUUGAAUGGUUUCGAGAACGAGAAGGUGGUUCCUACGUUGUUUGUCUUCAUGGGGAAUUUCUCUUCUCACCCGUGCAACCUUUCUUUUCAUUCAUAUAGCAGCAUCAGAUCGCAUUUUGGCAAAUUAGGGCAGAUGAUAGCAACACACACCCGGCUAAAGGAGCAGAGUCGAUUUUUAUUUAUACCAGGCCCUGACGAUGCAGGUCCAGCAGCAGUUUUACCCCGAUGUGCUUUGCCAAGAUAUGUCACUGAAGAGUUUCAGCAGCACAUUCCAAAUGCCAUUUUUUCAAGUAAUCCCUGCAGAAUAAAGUUCUACAGUCAAGAGAUUGUAUUUUUCCGCCAAGAUUUGUUGUAUAGGAUGCGUCGCUCAUGUCUGAUACCUCCCUCCACAGAAGAAACUAAUGAUCCCUUUGAGCAUUUGGUCGCGACAAUAACGCAUCAAAGUCAUCUCUGUCCUCUGCCUCUGAUGGUUCAACCUAUUAUUUGGAAUUAUGAUCACUGUCUCCAUCUUUAUCCUACUCCACACACGAUAGUUUUAGGUGACAGAAGCGAGCAAAAGGCGUUCACUUACACAGGAAUCACUUGUUUCAAUCCUGGUUCCUUUUCAAACGACGGCACAUUUGUGGCUUAUCGCCCUUGUACACGGGAGGUUGAGUUGUCAGCGCUCCCAGAGUGAAAGGACCAACCCCAUUUUUUCGACAAGCCAUUAUGAACCACAAGAAUUACUUUCAGAAUCAUGUCAGCUCAGAUGUACCAUUUAAAGGGUAAACUUGUAUAGUAGGGUGACCCCAACAGGAACUCUAGAUAAUAUUAUUUCAAGAUCUGAUGCUCUCUACUUUCCUUCAAUUACCGAAGAUAUUCGUGCCGGAUUUUGGUGGGAA